GGAAGCUGCUGUCCAAUGUCUGCCCGGUGCAAGUGUGCCAGAAGCAGUUCGGCUAGGCUGGGCCUAGGCCUAUUCAAUGUUGAAUGCGGUUAUAUACUCUUUAUUAUCGAUGAAUAUGUCAAAAUAGCAAAGCCAGUCUUUAAAGACUUCUAUAACUGUUUCUGAUACUAUUGAAAUUGUAGAAGGCCUACGCAUUUUCGUUUUUUUUUUUUUAUGCCUAGCCUAGGCCUAGGCCUACUCUCUUAGGCUAGGCCCAACCAAGCAUACCUCUGCCGCUAGGCGGGUGACAGAAGAUCGGGCCUGCAAGAUGAUUGGCCCAGGACGAUCGGUCACAUUGUGAGACGAUCGGGCCCAACUUGUGCUAAGCUAGCAGAAGAGAUCCUACAGUAGACUUGCAAUAUAAAUAAUAAACGAACACAAUGAUGAGCCUAGUCUAGUAGAAAGCUGGCCGUUAUGUUUUCAUUCAUAUUCCUUAAUAUAAAAAGAUGGAGGGAUGCAUGGAUAAGGAAGCAUCCUCCACAAUUGUCCCGUUGGACUUAAGUUGUGAGAAUCUAAGUGAAGAUAGUGCAAAGCUAGAUCCUGAUAACUCAAUUCAGUACUUGCUUGUACCUAUGGACAAUGGUGGAGGUGAGAUGAUUGGAUAUAAACGAAAGGACAGUUCAGUUCUCAACAAUUUGGUCAUCAAGAAAGCGAAAGUUAUUCGUGUAGGUGAUCAGAAUAUUACAGUGGAGGGUUUGCAUGAGGUUGAAGAUACCGAGGUUGCACCAUCAUCAACUUCUGUUAACUUGUCAAAUACUAUCCCACAAUUCACUCAAGAGGAGAAUACAUUUGGCAAAAACAAAAGUUUUGAUCCCAUCACACAAUCUUGGUUUACGUCAAAACAAAGCAAAGAUAACCUGGCUGAACAAGGUCAUAACUGGAAGCAAGGAGUUUGGUCGUUAGAUGAAAUUGAAAUACUAAAGAGAAAUAUUGAGGAAUAUAUUGAGAUUGAGAAUUUAAGCAACCCUCAAGAGGUCAUCUUUCGUAUGAACAAGGAUGAACGUAAGGGGUUCUACCGUUUUAUUGCGAAGGGACUAAACCGCCCUCUAUUUGCUGUUUAUCGCAAGAUUAUUCGCAUGUAUGAUAGUAAGAACCAUGUCGGAAAGUACAGUUUGGAAGAUAUUGAGAAGUUAAAAGAUCUCCACGAACAGUAUGGUAAUGACUGGGCAUCCAUUGGAACAGAGAUGGGUCGAAGUGCUUCAUCAGUCAAAGAUAAAUUUCGUCUUCUCAAGCCCUGUUCUCAUCAAGGCAAAUGGAGUCCGGAGGAGGAACAGCUUCUGGCCGAGUCUGUCUAUGAGUUAACAGGUGCUGUACCUGGGUCAAGUGUAACUACAGGUGUUUCGUGGAACCAGGUGGCCAAGCAGGUGGGAACAAGGUCUGAAAAACAAUGCAGAACAAAAUGGUUGAACUACUUGAAUUGGAAGAAGACUGGUGGAACAUAUUGGCUGAAGGAGGAUGAUGAUAAACUUAUUGAAAAGUUGAUAGCAACUGCCCAGCAGGUUGAAAGUGCAAUCAAUUGGGAUGACCUGGCCCAAGGGUGGCGGAGUGUGCGAUCUCCGCAGUGGCUACGUGCAAAAUGGUGGGCUCUCAAGAGGCAUGUACCUAACCACAAUACACUCUCAUUCCAAGAAAUAUUAGCCCGGCUAAAAUCAGGUGAAGUGCCGUAUGGAACAAGACCCCGGGGUGAUCCAUCGGUGAAUGUGAACCACAUCGAUACACUGACAGGACUUUCAACACAAAUUAAGAUGUCUGACCUUAUAGGAAAGAGUUUUACGUUACAGCUGCCUAUUCAAUUCACAAACCAAGACACAAACUCGGAUCCACCAACAAUAACGACAGGAGACGAUGAUCUAACUUCUCCAACCUACCACACUUAUGAAGUUAUACCAUCAUCUAUGACGUUGACAUCUACUAACGCCUUCUUCAUCCAAAGUCCAUCUAGCCAUUCAUCUGCUUCCUUGUCAGAUCCUUCCUCUACUGAUCACAUCAUUGUUCCCACAAUGCACAACAUGUCAGCGACAUCCUUAAGUAAUGAUAAUGUGACAGUUCAAAUCAAUCAAGCGGCUCAUGAGGAUCUCAUUAUCAACACACCAACAAGUAAUGAUGAAGCUCUUCAUUCAGAUGACAUACAACAGGAGCCCUCGGUACUGGUACACGAUCACCCCAACACAAACGUUCACAUGCAGCAAGGGACAGCAGGUCUUGUCCAUGAUCACUCAGAUAAUGCUGAUGAUAUAGUCAAUGGUCAAGUUCAGCUCAUAGGCACCGAUGCUGUCCUUUCGCAGGAGAUGUCUGACCCGUCAAGUACCCUUGUAAUUGUGAACUCAGGUGCAUCUGACCUUUGCCCUUCAUCAGGAGCGAUGGAUGAGACGCAAUUAACAAGCCCUGUUUUCACUCUAGCAGAUUCCUUUUGACCAGAAAGUUAUUAAGCCUGGGAUUAUACUGUACUCCUUUCAAUCCAUCUGGAUAUGAUUCCAGAUUUAAUCACUGCAUUAGACGACAUCUCAGAGAAAAUAUUAAUAUCAAAGAACUUUGGUAGCAACAAUGCAAGCUUUUAUACAGACUUAUUAAUUAAUAAUUAAUAUUAAUAAUUGGUAUACUUUAUGAAUCUGCCAGAUACAACCAAAGUUGUAGACUCUGAGUGUUCUGAACUUUGGAGGAAGAUUACAUCUCAUCCAAUUUCUGUUGACAAUAUUGAACAUGAACAUGAAAUCGUAGGCAAUCGUUAGAAGUGGAAGUUGUUAUAAAAGCAUAUUAAAAUGUCUUUGACUCAGCUGUGUCAAUACGUACCAGUAUCAAUCGAAUACUGUAGUUUGCAGGCACACUUACUCAUUUAUACCAAGGGUAUGGGAUUGUGUGGUCAUGUAAUUCCACCAAUCGCUGUUCAAUCAAUAUAACUAUGUGAUUAAUUGUUAUGAAUUAAUACAUGAUUAAUAUAUAUUAUUAUAUAACGUUAUUAUAUUAGCAUACAAUUUCUUUAAUUUACAUGUGAUUGCAGCAUAAUAAUAUGAAAAUAGAUUUCAAUGUCUGAAGAGUUAGCAUGAUUUAUUGUUUUAAAAGUGAUAACAUUUUACAUUAGUUUCAGUAUUCGCUGACGUCUAUCUAUAUCGUAGAUAUGUUUUGUUUAUAAAGGAAAACUAAAUUAUUAAUGAUAAUAAUGGCAAUAAACCAUAGAUUGUCAUGGUCACUCAAGCAUAUAAAAUGGGUUGCCUUCAGUACCUGUAUAAUAAGUGUUUAAUAUCUUUAUUGAACAAUGAAGAUGAACAAAUAAAUUGUGAAAUAUAGAA